UUUUAUAAGCAUAACAGCAUGACCCGAGUGAACAUAAAACACUUGACUCACUGAACUUUAUUGCCCGGGAAAUAAAGCGCAUUCAUCAAACAGUUACAUGUAAGAGUUCGAUGUCAACCCCAGUGCACGAGGAGACGCCCAACUCCACUCCAGAAAGCGGUUCACCGAGAGCUGAUUCCUCCACCCUCUUCAUAGGCGAACAAGACGAAGAAGAAGCCACUUGUCACACUCGCACAAACGCAGGUGACGCAGACGAAGGAAACGACACUGCUUUGAUCCCUCCCCACGCUUGUUCGGUAAUUCCGGCUAGUCUGCAGGAAACACCUGCGUCAGAAGCAUCUUGCCUCGACCUGAAGAGAACCUGCGUGCUUUUGCUAGUCGCUGCUGAAGCCGGGAUUCCCGAAGUAGAUCUUGGUGACUUCCCGACUUCGAAGCUCCAAGAGGAGGAAAGAGAAGAGAAAAAAGGAGAGGGAGAAACGAGCGCAGUCCCAAUGAGGAGCAGAGUUGACGUGCAUACUGUAGUCCUCGAAGGCUUUUCGGAGAUGUCGCAGACAAAAGGUGAACGUGGAGCUGCGGAGAAGGCAGAGGGUAUGGACACCCAGCGUGCCCUCCUCUCUCUCGUUGCUAUAUUCUUAGUGUCCUUCAGUGCUCUUGCAUUCGUAUACACAAACUUCCCACAGAUGGAUCCGGAAGAGUAUCAGUAUAUAAAGCUACCAACAGAUAUUGAGGAUGCCAAGAACUUAGGUCGUGUACUGUCACACUACAAGAACAGAUAUUACCUGGAAGUGUUAGCUGGAGUCUUUGUAACUUACAUAUUCUUACAAACCUUUGCCAUUCCUGGUUCCAUCUUCUUAUCCAUUCUCUCAGGUUUCCUCUUCAGGUGGGAAAUAGCACUGCUACUUAUCUGCUUCUGCUCGGCUACUGGUGCUUCCUUCUGCUACCUGCUCUCUUACCUAGCAGGCAGACCUGCUGUCCUUAAAUAUAUGCCAGAACGCACAAAGUCUUGGCAAGAAAAGGUUGACAAGCAGAGGGAUAAUUUACUCUUCUACAUCAUCUUCUUACGCAUCACGCCUUUCCUUCCAAAUUGGUUCAUCAACAUCACCAGUCCCGUUAUUAAUGUGCCUCUGAUGCCAUUUUGGUUUGGAACUUUUCUAGGUGUUGCCCCACCAAGUAUACUGGCAGUACAAGCAGGUACUACUUUAUAUGAACUAACUUCUUCCAGGGAUGCCUUUUCCUUAACUUCUGUGGUACUAUUGGGUCUAGCAGCCUGCCUCUCCCUUGUGCCAAUCCUCCUAAAGAAUCGCCUACGAGAGAAGUUUGACUAGGGCCUGCUACCUUCCUUGGGUCCAGUGUGGAGGUCAAAAAAGCACCGAAAACAAGCCAAGAAAUCUGCCGAGAAGUCCGUUUCCUCCUUGUCUCCAUGUUCAUCAGAAAGGGGCGGUCGAAACAAGAGGGUCAGGAGGGCCUUUGUCCUCCUUUCGCGGAGACGGGUAGUCAGGCAGCCAGCUGUGGGAGAGGCCAGUCAACCUGGACCAGCCGUCCUGCAGCAUCAUUCGGCUGCUGUGUCACCCGUACACUUGGCAGAGUACAGUGAAGAGCCCAGUGUGGAAAUGGUGAUCAUUGUCCACUCAGGGCACUGAAUUUGGUUUUUAUUUCUUUUAAUCUGUAGUUCAGUUUAUUUGUAUUCAGAUAUAAAUUUGAAGUUAAUGGGAGAUUGAAGUUUCUACCUACAGUAACUUCUUUAGAUUUUUAUUUUUAAAGAGUAGUGAAGUUCACCAUUUUUCUUUCUUUCAUAGACUAGGAGAGAUUGGAGUCAAAUGUGAUGUGUAUAUCAAAGUAUCACCAUUUUCAUGAAUGGAUGAGAGCUGUGGUUAAUGAAUGUAACUCAUGUCUGAUUGUAUGUUAUCUGACAUCUCUCCCAUUAUAUCUGAAUGUUCAAUAAUGUAUGUGUAAUGUUUGUAUGGACAGCAAUGUCUGUCAGAGCAGUUAUGUACCUUCACUAGGAAAAAUAAUAAAUGUACACAAAUAUACCAUAAA